CUGCUAGCUGGGCCAACGUUACCAGCCCAUAUUCAGAAAUAUCCAACUUGGAAGAGAAACAUCAUAGCGCCCUGAUGGUACAGUAGCCUACCACUUCCUGUCUGGUCAAAGAUGCUCUGAAACAGGCAGCAUGGACACAAGCCUGCUGAUUGGCUGGCAGGAUGAGAGGGCGGAGCUAAGGGCUGAGCUCUCACGGCUGGAGGAGGAGCUUGCAGAUAGCCGUGCUGAUAGGUUGGAGCUGGAGUCGCGCGCUCAGGCCCUCACGGAACGGCUGACCCAGUCUCUGGACCCGCACCUCUCCUCGUCUCUGCUUGGGGACUCUGAGCAUCGGGAGUGGAGGAGGAAGCUGAGGGAGGGCAAAGAGAGGGAGACCCGACAGGCCCUGCUCAUCCACAAACUCCAGAACAAGGUCCUGGAGUAUCGCUCACGCUGCCAACGCUUGGAACAGCAAGUAGACGAUGAGGGGAAGGAGAUGAGGCUAAGAGAGAAGAGGAUCCGUGAUGAGCACAGCGACUCCCUGGAGAGCGCCCUCAUCAGGCUGGAGGAGGAACAGCAGAGGAGUGUGGGACUAGUAGAACUCAAUACCCUUCUCCGCAAUGAGCUCAGCCAAUCAGCAGAGGCCAAUGAAUCUCUCAGGGAGGACCUGCGCAAGCUGACAGGCGAUUGGUCCAGGGCAGUGGAGGAGGCUGGGCUGCGGGAGUCUGAUUGGCUUCAACAGAAAGAGCUUCUAACAGGGCAUAUAAGUCAUGAACACACUCGACUGAUGACGCUGUGGGGACGAGUGGUGACCCUCCGACGGCAGUGCAACACCGUUAAGACUGCUACUGACAAGGACUUGUGGGAGCUCAGGGCGGAGUUCUCGCGUCUCUCCUCCUCUCUGCUGAUCUCCUGCGCCUCCGUUCGACCUCUGAUGACCUCUACGCUGACCCCUGACCUCCAGGCUCCGCGCUCCUCCUCCGCGCCGCCCCUCUCCUCAGACGGGCCCCUCUCUCUGGGGGAACUGGGGAUGGAACGGAGGGAGAGAGAGACGGAGAGAGUGAGGGAGAGAGAGAUGGAGGAGAUGAGGGAACAGCACGAGGCGGAGAAGCACCAACUCAGGAACAGGAUUGCGGAGCUGAGUCUCUCUGUGAAGGAGAGGGAUGCAGAAAUGGAGAGACUGGAGGAGGAGAAGAGGAAGCGACAGAGCCAGGAGAAGGAGAAAGAGGAGGAGAGCGAGAGAGAGUGGGAGAGGAACCAAGAGAUGGAGAGAAACCUGGAGUCUGUCCAGGAGGCCCUCAGCAAGCUGUCUCGUGUCCUGACCUCACGCAGCGGAGCUGGAGAUGCCCCUCUCCUCGCAGUCAACGGGGGCGGGGCCAAAGGGCUGCCUACCCUGCUGUCAAUCAUAGCUCAGGCUGAGAGCUCCCUCCAGUGGAAACACCAGGAACUGCAGGACGCGGAGGUGAGUGUGAGGAGACUGACUCAGGAGAGAGAAGUGUUGGAGAAGCGCGUCACACAGCUGCAGAUGGAUGCAGACGAACAUCACUCACACACACUGCAGUCGGCCCAGGAGCUGCGACACACACACGACCUACUGCAGAGUGAGAAGGAGAUGGUUGCUUCUCUGCGCGCUCAGGUAGAAGAGGGCGAGAGACACCUGGUGGAACUGCGCAGAGAGAACGAGACCCUCCGGCGCCAGAGAGAGAGAGAGGAGGAGGAGAGGAGAGACAUGGAGAGAGAGCGACAGAAACGUUUGGAGACGGAGGCUGAGGAGAGUGCGCGUGUGUGUGAGCGGGAGUCUCGGAGCCGCAUGGAGCUGCACGGCCUGCAGGGGGAGCUAGAGCGAGAGCAGCUGGAGAGAGCGCGCUCAGAGAGAGAGGCAGCUGAACACAGGGAAGCACUGAGCAAGGCGCGUGAGAGUGUGCGCUCUCUGUCCUCGUGUGAGACGCUGCUGAAGAGAGAGCUGGCGGAGGCCCGUGAUGCCCUGGACAAGAUGGCCGCCCUCAACCAGGCCCUGGCCACUGACAAGAGGGAGCUCAGCGCACGCACACUACAGUUGGAGACUGAGAUCGCUGAGGCUCAUGUGCAGCUGCAGGGCCUGGGGUCAGAGGUCACGACUCUACGCAGAGAGCUGAAGACCAUGAGCCAGGAGACCACGCAGCUGAGUGCGUUCCGCGACUCUGAGCUGGACUCGCUGCAGCUGCUGCGUGAGCGUGAGCAGGAGCUGGAGAGGGAGAUGGAGCUGCUGCGGGAGGAGAGGGACACAGAGAUCAGCACCCUGACCCAGGAGAACCACAACCACACACACCGCAUCCAGGAGGUACUGUAG